AUGCGGCAUCCACUUGAGGAGUGGUUGCCCAACGACACGCCUUGGGCGAGGCUCUCCACGGCCACAGCCGCAUUGGAGCACCAAUGCACUAUCCGCAAUCUCCCCACCACGGGACACUCAAAGGAUCUCGUACAACGUCUCUCAGCUUAUAGUCAAGCUGAAAUGAACACGUCUGGCACCAAGCGUCUUCACCCUUGGCUGACUGAGCCUGUCAACCGCAUGUCGUAUCAGAAAAACGGUCUUUUUAUUUUGCGGUUUGUUCUUGACUGUCCUAGGCCUUAUCUCUGGCAGAGAGCUCUGGUGCCUUCCGAACUUCGAACCAUCUACCAGCAUAGCCACGCUAGCCGCGCCCUCAGUCCAGAGAACUCAGAGACCGGUGGCGACUUCUGCAUCUCCUGUUUUCGAGAUGUCGGCACAGGGCGAGAAGUGCUGAGUUCUUGCAUGGGGUGCACAAGGGUAAUGCAUUAUAGAUGCAGAGUGAGAGCCGGACUGGUAAGAAUACCCUUGAGAGAGGGCAUGUGCUGGAUCUGUUACGAAGAUAUCAAAUGGAACACUGAGAAGUUCUGUUGGAAAAACCGGGGUUCACCUGCUGCUCCUCGCAUCACACCUCCUGCACCAGCACGAACUUAUCCAGCGGCAGAGGCUACCACAGAGUUAAUCCAGCGCAAAGAGCUAAAGGAUGAUGUCUCCAAAACCUUGAGCUCAUCAAGCAACAAAGACUCCAAGAAGAGACAACUCAGCAACACUCAGAGUACUAAUCAGCGCUUUCCCUCUAUUCUGUCUUCAAAGCCGCCCUCAUCCAGCACUUCUCCUGCUCUGAAAUCCACCGUCAACCAGGUAGUGCCUUACCUCGUUGACGGCCUUCGACAGGGACACCGGAAAAGCAAAAUCAUAACACUUAAGCUCAGCAAGAAAGGCGCAGCACUGAGCACAUCCAGUCCGAACAACGAACCUACCCCACUCCCGGGUAAUCCAGCGCUCAUUUGGCAGGAAACGCAGAAUACACGCGAGCAGCAGCAACAGGAGAACGAGGGACACCAAGCUGCUCUUCCAAACCUGUCUUCCGCCCCGGAUCAUAUCCUGUCUGCUGGGAAUCCCGGCGGAGAUAAUAUGGAACAAUCAGAAGUGGCGCCUGCUCCUAAUGCCGCGAUAGUUCCCGCUGAGGAUUCUACUUUUCCUCGCGCAUCCUCUUCAGCUGCCGAGACUUUUGCUUGCACAGCUACUACCGCGACUUCUCAGUACGAUCAAGCGGGCGCCACCUCUAUUACUGCUCGCGACACCCCAGUUGAAGGCAGUGUGUCCCAGCCCCCCCAAGUCAGUGUUACAUCUGCUAGUACAACUGAAUCUGCCGAUGCUACCGGUGCUCAGGACACUACCAGCAUCACCACCGAGAAUCCUACAAGUGCUUCUGCACCUGUUCCUACUGAUCAUUCUACUUCCGGUCCCACGCAUGCUCACUCUGGUACGCAAAUCACUAUUGACCACACUAAAGCCUUGGAGCUCGUUCAGGAGUGCAGUCGUUUGGCGAAGAAAUAUACCCAAAUUCGGAAGAAAUCGGAGCGCGAGGCGAAGAGGAUGGAGAAGAAGCACAGGCGGGAGCUGGAGAAAACCAAGAGGAAGAGCAAGAAGGAAGUAAAGCGGCUCGAGAAAAAGAUUGAAAGCUUGGAGAAGGAAGUGCUGAAGGCUUUGGCGGGCCCGGAGGCAAUGUAG